GACUUCCGUUUGGAGAGAAGCACUGCUGAGAAGAUGUCAAGGCUCCGAGAACUGAAGGAGGCAAACAAAGAGAAACGUCGACAACGAUUAGAGGCCGAAAAUAAACGAUUGGAGGAGCUGAAGAAAGCAGAAGAUACAAAACAAACAGAAACUAGACAAGACAGUGACAGUACCCCAACACAAGAAACUGAAAACCUGAAGAAAAUUAGUGAACCUGAGAAAAUUAGUGAAGGAGCAUCGUAUGUGGUUCCGAUUUGUGCGAAAACUAGCAAAGGAGCAUCAUAUGUGAACCCAAUGUGUGCUACUGAACAUAAUAUGUUGACACCUGUACCUGUUAAUCUCCCUGUACCCGUUCAAUCAAUCAGCAAUUUCAACCCAAUCAAGAGCAAUCAACACUUCAACAUCUCAGAUUUUGAAUCCGAUUCGAGUCCUUUCGACAAUAUGGAACUGAAAACUCUGAAUGAUAUCGCUGAGCUGGCAUCUGUACUGCAGCCUAACAAUGAUGUCCCAAAACCGACCUAUCAAAACUACCAGUCCACAGAUAAUCGCAAAGUCCCAAAACCCUCCUAUCAUACCUACCAGUCUCCAGAUAAUCAAGAUGUCCCAAAACCGACUUAUCAAAACUACCAGUCCCCGGAUAAUCGAGAUGUCCCAAAACCGACUUAUCAAAACUACCAGUCCCCGGAUAAUCAAGAUGUCGCAAAACCGACUUAUCAAAACUACCAGUCCACGGAUAAUCGAGAUGUCCCAAAACCGACCUAUCAUACCUACCAGUCCACGGAUAACAAUCAAGAUGUCCCAAAACCCUCCUAUCAUACCUACCAGUCCACAGAUAAUCAAGAUGUCGCAAAACCGACCUAUCAUACCUACCAGUCCACGGAUAACAAUCAAGAUGUCCCAAAACCCACCUAUCAAAACUACCAGUCCCCGGAUAAUCAAGAUGUCGCAAAACCCUCCUAUCAUACCUACCAGUCCACAGAUAAUCAAGAUGUCCCAAAACCUACCUAUCAUACCUACCAGUCCACGGAUAACAAUCAAGAUGUCCCAAAACCCUCCUAUCAUACCUACCAAGAUAAUAAUCAGCUGUACAAUCACCAGAGCUACCCUAUAAAACAUUCCAGAACGUUCAUACAACAACCGGGUAACCUGGUACCAAACAACGGAUAUACCUAUGGGAAUAUGUUCAACAAUACCUCGGUUAGUGAUCCAAAUCCUACGUUUUGGGAUCAACAACAAAGAGUUAGUUACUCCAGUACUCUGACAACCACAGCGUUUGGGGUUACAAGUCCAUAUACGACUGAACCAGGUGUCUAUACCUCCCAGAACAGUGAUAUUAAUGCAGUGAGGCCUAAAAUUGGUGAAUAUAGACUCAACGUUGGUGAGAAUACAGUGUAUUCAAGUGAUUAUAGAGUUAAACUUGGAGAAAGUGCGGGAUAUUCAAGUGACUAUAGACCUAACUCACAAGAAAUACAGACUCAAAAUAGACCAGCUGAUAAUACGGGGUACUUAGGUAAUGAAUAUCAAUAUAUUCCUCAAACUGCCUCCAAAUUUGGGGCAACAUCUUCCACCAAUAAUGGUGUGUAUGUGUCUAAAUUUGGGGGAACAGCAACUAAUUCAGGGGCAAAUAAUUCGUCCAAAUUUGGGGCAACAUCUUCCACCAAUAAUGGUGUAUAUGUGUCUAAAUUUGGAGGAACAGCAACUAAUUCAGGAGCGAAUAAUUCGUCUAUGACAACUAAUUUGGGAGCAAAUAGUCAAUAUGCUGCUAAAUUUGGGGGUGGUUCGGCGUCAACUGUCAAUCUAGGAACGACAAAUAGUUAUCUGAUGCAAGCACAGGGUGUAAUGAAUAGUAGAGGUUCUGAAACAGAGGAUACCAGUGAAUAUUUGAAUACUAGUAGUGACUAUAUGAAACCUAUAUCUAGUGAUUAUUUGAAUUCUAAGAUCGGUGGUAGUAAAAAUAGUGUGAAUUAUGCACAAGGAUUCUCGUGGAGUAGUUACAAUUAUGGAGCCACCAAUUCGGGGAGUCAACUGGUGGUCAAUCAAGUGACGAAGAAUUCGGGAAGUCACCUGGCUGAAAACUCAGAAAAUCAUUUGUUGGUAUCGGAGAACUCUGAUGUGACCAAUUUGAUACGGGAAUUGAAACUGGAACUGGACGAUAGGAGAGAGAAUGAUAGUCGGAAAAUGAUGCAGAAUGAGAGGGUAAUAGUGACCAGUGUAGCUGUUGAGGUGAGAAAAUAUUUUAAUGUUCAUUUAUUUUAUUUAUUGACCAAGCGAAGUGAGGUCUAAGGUUCAAGCUGACUGUUUGGCAUUUCUCUUUG